ACUGUCCUUCUGUUGAUUGUGGUUUGGUUAGCUGUGAGCUCAUGUGGUACAGAAUGGGUGGUGGAUAGUGUUUAUACUGUUUUUUAUAGUUGUGUCAUGCUUCAUGAUAAUAUAUUUAUACAAACAAGAUACAUGACAUAAGUGACAAAUUGUGAUAAGUAGUUUGUACUUCAUAAAUAUCUCUACACAUUCUUGUACUACUCACUUAAAAUGGAAUCUCCUCUGGAAUCGUGUUUAAAUGAACUGUCUUACCUUGGUUGAUAUAUUGGGUUAUAUUCUUGUUACAGGAUGAAGGAAAAUGAUGUAACAGGAUGUUUACUUGCAGAUAAACAUGGCUUGUGUUUAGCUGUUGCAGGUAAGGCUCGGCCAGACUGUACAGGGAUUGUGACAGCUAUCGCUAAACAGGUGGCCAAAUUGGAGCCGUCUUCAACUCCACCCAUAGUCUUAUUGGAGGCUGACAACAGAAAAUGUUUGAUUCAACAAUCUCCUACUCUCACUGCGGCCAUUUUUAAGAAGACUCUCUGAUAACAGCCAUGUUUCAUUCUAUACACUUUGUACACUUUAUACAUAGCUCUUAACAUAAUGCCCUAUACAAAGAGACCCAUGUAUUUAGUCCACUUUGAGAGACUGACGACGCCAUCGAUCCACUCCGAAUCGGACCACCUCCUGCUCUUCGUACACCCAGAUGGCAACAACCACUGCAAGACAGGUGACACCAGUGGCAAAGUGUACAAACUUGGAGCUCUCAUAAAAGUAUGCCUAAAGACAAUACCCCAAUAUAAAACCAUUAGUUGAUGGCAUAAUGAUCCUGUGAUUUUUUUUGAAAAUGUCCAAACAUUUUAAAGAUAACAGAGAAUAAUGAACAAGAAUAUAUUUUAAAAACUAUCAGAAUUGCCGUUUUCAAAAGAAAGUUAUUCUUAACUGAUCCUGGUAUUUUGUAUAUCAAUAAUUUAUUUCCUCACUCUGCUACCAUUAGUUUGAGAGUAAAAUAAGCUAUUAUUCCAUUAUCCUCUAUCUUCAUUGAUAGUGUAAAGAGCAAUUGUGAUAAAUAUAUAUUUAAUUCUAA